CACAAACUUCAGAGAAAGGUCUUUAGCAUAUUCUUUGGUUUGGUUGUACACACACGUUCUUUCUCAAAACUCAUUGUUUCUUUGUCUUUGGUCUUUGAUACCUUCUUUUGUUUAUUCCUCCAAAGCACCCUGAUGGCUUCCAUGUCUUCUCUCCUUGUAUAGAGAGAGAGACACACAGACACACACACAGAGACAGAGAGAGAGAGAGAUCAGAAGGAGAUAGUUUCAUCCAUUUGGUUUAAAGAGAUAUAGAAUCGAGAAGAUCCAGGAAACGUAAAGAGAAAUAAUAAAUAUGCUGCAGAGAGCUGCGAGCAAUGCAUAUUCAUGGUGGUGGGCAAGCCACAUCAGGACCAAGCAAUCAAAAUGGCUGGAGCAAAACCUUCAAGAUAUGGAGGAAAAGGUGCACAGCGUGCUUAAACUGAUCGAAGAGGAUGGAGACUCCUUUGCCAGGAGAGCAGAAAUGUACUACAAAAAGAGGCCAGAGCUCAUUCACUUUGUGGAAGAAUCAUACCGAGCUUAUCGAGCUUUAGCUGAACGGUAUGAUCACAUUUCAACAGAGCUACAAAAUGCCAACACCACCAUUGCUUCUGUUUUCCCAGAACAGGUCCAAUUCGCAAUGGAUGAAGAAGACGAAGAAGGCACACCUAAAUUACCAAGAAAGCGUACGGAAGCCCUAAAAUCAAAAAUUCCGAUGGUUCCAAAUGUUCCAACCAAGGAUUUUAAGAAUGCCAUAACAUCACCUAGGAAGAAAUUCCAACCCAAGACGACAGCCAAAACUACAGCUACUACUGCAGUUGUCAAAUCUGGUUUGAGCAAACCCGACGCGCUCGAAGAGAUUGGCAAGCUUCAGAAAGAAAUUCUGGCACUGCAAACUGAGAAAGAGUUUGUAAAGAGCUCUUAUGAGAAUGGGCUUGGAAAAUACUGGGAAAUUGAGAAGCAAAUUAAGGAAAUGCAAGAGAGAGUUUUUAAUUUGCAAGAGGAAUUCAGUGAGGGCAUGGUCAUUGAAGAUGAUGAGGCUCGAAGAUUGAUGGCAGCAGCAGCUUUAAAAUCAUGCCAAGACACAUUAAUCCAGUUGCAGGAGAAACAGGAGAGAUCGGCUGAUGAAGCAAGAGUUGAGUCCCACAAGAUUAAGGAUGCCAGGGAGAAGUUUGAACAUCUCAAGAGUGAGUUUCAUUAUAAUCAGGUCAGUCAAGAAAAACCAUAUACCGGAGAUAGAUCUAAGAAUAUGCCGGAGAUAGACCAACAAGUCGGCGGCAUGACACAAGAGAGACAAGAUCUGGAAUUGUUACGUGAGAAGAUCAAGGAACAGUUUGAGGUUGGGUCCAAUGCAUCUCUUACUGUGACAGAGAUGGUGGAGAAGAUAGAUGAGAUUGUAAAUAAAGUGAUUAGCUUAGAAACUGCGGUUACAUCACAGACUGCUCUUGUAAAUAGAUUGAGAUCAGAGACAGAUGAGCUUCAAGCACAGAUUCGAACAUUGGAAGAUGACAAGGCAAAUCUGAUCGAUGGAUCAAACAAUUUGAGCAACAAGAUAAAAGAAAUGGAGGAAAAGUUUCAUGAAGCACAGGAUCUAAGCCAGAGUCUUGAAAACAAGAAUAACAAUCUCCAAACACAUUUCACUGAGGCACGUUGUAAUCUUGAUCACCUGUCUGAGAAGCUGCAAAGCGAGAAUCCAGAUGAGGAACUUAAGCUUGCAGCUCAAUCACAAAGAGAAAAGGAAUCUCUCGGUAAAGCCAAAUUACCAGAAGAGUUCAAAGUAGAAGAAGAUGCAUUGAAUCCUGAUGAGGGUUCGAAGAAACUACAAAAUUUAAAGGCAGAUGAGGAGCUUGAGCUUGCAGCUCAAUCACAAAUAGAAAUGGAAUCUCUCUGCGAAGCCAAAUUGCCAGAAGAAUUCAAAGUACAAGAAGAUGCAUUGAAUCGUGAUGAGGGUUCGAUGAAACUGCAGAAUUUAAAGGCAGGUGAAGCGCCUGAGCUUGCAGGUCAACCACAAACAGAAGAGGAAUCUCUUGGUAAAGCCAAGUUGUCAGAAGAGUUUGAAGCACAAGAGGACGCAUUGAAUCGUGAUGAUGGUUCGAAGAAACUGCCAGAUUUGAAGGCAGAUGAAGAGCUUGGCAUUACAUGUCCAUUUCAAAAGGAAGAGGGAUCUACAGCAGAAAUCAUAUCACAAAACAAGUUGACAGAACAAAGUGAUACAUCGAAUCCUGGCAAGGAUAUUGCAAAAGCUAACAAUGAACUCAAUACUUCUGUUGUAAAUGCAGAUUGUUGUCAAUCCCAGCCAAAUCAUGAUCCUGACAGUUCAUCAGAGAAAGGUCAGAUCCUGAUAUCACUGGACAAAGAUGAUAGUCACACUUCAUUACAGACAGUGGAUCAUCUUCUCAAUGUUGAACCAAAGGAACAGGAAUCAUUACAGACUGUGAAUCAUCUUCCCAAUGUUGAACCAAAGGAACAGAAACCAGUUCAAGAAGAUGAGCCAGACUGGAAGCAAUUGUUCUUGAAUGGAUUGGAGGAUAGAGAAAAAGUUCUACUGAGUCAGUACACCACAAGUCUCCGCAAUUACAAGGAUGUCAAGAAAAAGCUUUCUGAAAUUGAGAAGAAAACUUGGGAUGGCAAUUUUGACAUGUCGGUACAGCUAAAAGAACUGAAGAGUGCUAAUGCGAUGAAGGAUGAAGAGAACAAAUCAUUACGUCAGAAAAUAAACCUGCUGAUGAAAUGCUUGGAUGAAAGCAAGGAUUUGAGAGACUCUGAAGAUUCAAAACUCCAGCAGACCUCUAAUUUAUUGGAUCAACUAAAAUUUGAAUCUAAAGCAGGAACUGAGACCUUUAUAACACAGGCUACAGAGAAAGACGACAUCCAGGCAAUUCUACUUGUCCAACCUGAAACAAUGUCGGCAAUUGAAGAAAAACUCCGAAUGAGCAUUGAUGAACUGCUUGAGGAAAACUUGGGUUUUUGGUUAAAGUUCAGCACCGCAUUCCAUCAGAUACAGAAAUUCGAAAAUGGAGUCAAGGAUUUACAGGGUGAGAUAGUGAAGCUUGUGGACAAAACUAAAACGCUAGAGGGAAGUAGUUCUGCAAAACAUUCUCUGAAGUCAGAUGCAAGGCCAAUCUACAAGCACCUUAGAGAAAUACAGACUGAACUGACUGUCUGGCUAGAGCAAGGCGCAUUACUGAAAGAUGAAUUACAGAUCAGAUUCACCUCUUUGUGCAACAUCCAAGAAGAAAUAAUGACAGCAUUAAAGGAGAGUGCUGAAGAAGACGAAUUCAAGUUUACAAGCUAUCAGGCUGCAAAGUUCCAAGGUGAGGUUUUGAACAUGAUACAAGAGAAUAACAAGGUUGCAGAUGAAUUACAAGCAGGUUUAGAUCACGUGACAACACUCCAAAUUGAAGUUGAGAAGACACUGAUAAAAUUGAACGAGGAAUUCAUGCUUUCCGGAUCGAAGAAGCAGCAGAAUCCGCAGCUGAGACACACACAGAGUCACACCCGCGUUCCUUUGCGCUCAUUUAUCUUUGGUGGAAAACCAAAGAAACAAAAGCCAUCAAUCUUUUUCUGCAUGAGCCCAGCAAUGGAUAGGAAGUUUCAUGGUCAAAGGCCAGGACACAACAUGUAAAUUGUUCUAACUCCUUUGCUCAUAUCCAUUUUUAUGCCCUUGCAGAACUCUUUUCUUUUCUUUUCUUUUCUUUAUCAUUAUUUUGACAAUAGAUAAAGGAUUUCCUUUGUUCUAGUUUUGGGUUUGAACCUGUAAAAGUACAUUUGCUAUGUAUUUCAGAUGUUCGUAGUUUCUUACUAUCAAAACGGCAUGGAAUUUCCUCUUAAGUUUGUGUUUGG